AUGAUUGCAUUUUUCUUAUUAAGAUCUUCAGUUGCCAUUACUUGGUGCAAUGAUGAAGAUGUUAUUGAAAUUAGACCAGGAAUGAUAGAAACACGAACAAUUCUAAGUAAUCAUCGUUUAUGUAUUUCAGGUUCCGUUGUGAUCAAAUCCGAUAAACCAUUCGAAGCUGAAUACCAAGAAUACAAUCGAUAUAGUGACGCAUAUAAGGACCUGUCAUUGGAAAAAGAAGGAAAAAGGCAAAAUAUUUUUGUAUUAGGUUCUUAUUAUUUCGAUGUCAAGAUGAGUAUAAAAGCAGUAAAUGAAUUAGAAGAUAUACAAAUAUCAGUCAUGGGUGUUACACCUUCAUUUGAAAACGAUCCAAAAGCAAGUGAUGGAUAUUCCGAAUCAUUCGGCGUCUUUACUUCAUUUAAAUCGUUCGACUGUACAGUGACAUUACCUAGUAUAAGUCGGCUUAUCGUAACUGCAAUUAAUCAAGUUCCACUAAAAUUCACUGUCAAACAUCCCGAUGAUGUAGAACUAAGAAUAAAUGCAAAUGGUCAGGAAGAUGCAACAACUGGAAAUAAUGUAAGACUUAUCCUGUACAACAAAGGUGAAACGAUACAGCACCCGUAG